AUGGCUGACGGCAUCUUGGUCCUCGGUGCCGGCGAGCUUGGCAUCGCAGUUCUUGAAGCAUUGGCCCGCCACCCGAAGCGCAGCGACACCAAGAUCGCGGUCCUGCUGCGUGGAUCCUCGUCGGCGGCCGACCCGGCCCGGGCCCAGCUGCUCCGGCACCUGCAGGACGACCUACACGUGCAUUUCGAAACGGCCGACGUUGUUUCGGCGUCCGUGGCCGACUUGGCCGCCGUCUUUGGGCGCUACCACACCGUCGUCUCCUGCAACGGCAUGGGCCUCCCCGCCGGCACCCAGACCAAGCUGAGCCAGGCCGCCCUGCAGGCCCGCGUCCCGCGCUACGUGCCCUGGCAGUUCGGCAUGGACUACGACGCCAUCGGCGCGGGCAGCACGCAGGACCUGUUUGACGAGCAGCUGGCUGUGCGCGCUUUGCUGCGGUCGCCCGACAACACGACGACCGACUGGAUCAUUGUGUCGACGGGCCUGUUUAUGAGCUUCUUGUUUUUGGCCGCGUUCGGCGUGGUGGACCGGCCGCAGCGGACGGUGCGGGGCCUCGGGCAGUGGGACAACCGCAUCACGGUGACGACGCCCGCGGACAUUGGCACCGUCACGGCGGACAUUCUCCUCGAUCCGCAGGGCAUACAGAGACAGGUCGUCUACGUGGCCGGUGACACCGUCUCGUACGGCGACGUGGCCGACCUGCUGGACGCACACUAUGCAACCACGUUCAAGCGCGAGCUGUGGGAUCUGGGCGCGCUGCAGCAGCAGGUGGCAGCACGGCCCGACGACACCAUGGUCAAGUAUCGGGACACCUUUGCGCAGGGCCGUGGCGUGGCCUGGGACAAAGACAUCACGGUCAACGCGCAGCGCCACAUUCCCAUGACAGACGUGCAGCAGUACAUUCAGGGACUUGACAAGCUGUAG